AUGUCUGUCGUCUCCGUAAAUACCACCCGGAACCAGAAGCUGGAGCUGGAACAGGAACUGGAGAAACGUUCUCGCACCGCUGAUGUGAAGGGAAAGAGCAGAGAAGGGAUUGCUCCUUCUCCCCACCCCGUACACUCCAAGGAUGAUGCCGAUGUGGAUGAUGACGACGGUGCCGAUGAUGAAGAGGAGGAGGAGGAGGAGGAGGAGGAGGAAGAGGAAGACGAUGACGAUAAUGAGGGCGAAAGCAGUACCCGGCCUGGACAUCCGCAUCUUGAUAUGUCCCAGAAGGAGGACGAGGCGGACGAGAUUGUCGGGGUCAGUAUUGGAAGAGCCCAGGACCGCAUCAAGGCCCGUUGCACGCCCAUCGAGGAGAAAAACUUCAUAUUGCGAUGGGAUCUUGAUAACCGAUAUGACACUGGUACCGAUGACACUGUUCCUACGAACGAAGGCGGCGCCGGCUUGUUUCUGUCUGAAGUUACGGUGGAACCGGAGUCAUUGGAAGGGGAGAAAGAUGAAGGCGGACCGUAUCCCGGACAUGCAAGGACUCGAACUGCUUCAAGCGAGAAUGGAGUCGGUAAAAAACCACCCAAAGACGGACGAGAAGGACGAGGAGGGAAACGGGCACCGCGAUCCGGCCUCACUCGGUCCAUCUUGAAAAGCCGGUCACGAGAUUCCAGUCCCAAUUUCAGCAGUCUGAAAAAGUUCCUGCCAGGUCCUCUACUAGCAGGGCCGCGGUCUCGCAGUCUCAGUUUGAAGCUGCCCAGGCCCCUACCCAUCGGCUCGGACCGCGACAGGAAGCGCUCGUCGGAUAAAUCGCGGCGACGAUUCUCUUGGAUGAGUGGUCCAAAUGGCUCCGUGGACAAGCGGGAUCCUUCACGUUCGUCUCCCAGGACGGCGAAGGGCUUCGAUUCACGCGUGCGCAGCAGCAGCACCGGUCCCGGAUCCGGGACUGGUCAUUCUCUGCGGAAAUCCACGUCUGACCGGUCGUUGUAUUUGACGUCGUCCUCUGCAUCGUCGUCAUCGUCACUCGAAGAUGCGGACCGCUAUGAGAACGUGCAUUCGCAGGUCAACAUUCGAUUCAAAGCCAUCAAGGAUACUCUGCACGAUUCCAGCAGAGGAUUGCUCACAAUGCCCUCGAUCCCAGUGCAUCUACCUGACUUCCGCUUCGGAGACAAUAACAACCAGAAUGGUCAGUCGGAAGAUGCAGAUUCCCGCGAGGCUCAUAAUGGAGGAAACGGCCCGCGCCAAGCCCCCUCGGACAACAUGUAUCCUGUCCUUUCCGAGGCCAUGGCCUCUUUGACAGGCGACGUCGUCAUUAUGGGAGGCUACCGAGGAUCCGUCCUGCGGUCCGCCAAACCUCCCCAUCGGCAACUGUGGAUUCCCGUGAAAACCGGCCUGAAUCUCCGCAAAGUCGAUCUGGAGGUCGGCCUGAAUCCGGAAGAUGAAGAACGUAUGGAGGAGACUGUUAUCCCUGGCGAGGUCCUGUCGCACGUUGGGCCCGUGGACGUCUGCCGCAAGUUGAUCAAGAAGCUUCAGAAAUGUGAAAAUUCUGUCAAUGGCGACUUGCGCGUCUGGGAAUACGGGUACGACUGGAGGCUGAGUCCUCGUCUCCUUGCAGACCGAUUGGUAGCGUACCUCGAGGGCCUACCUUGCAACGCCCCCGGUGUGCCGCCGGAGAAGAGAGGUGCCUAUGUCAUUGCACACAGUCUGGGCGGCCUCAUCGCCCGACAUGCCGUCAACCAGCGACCCGAUCUCUUCGCCGGCGUCCUCUACGCAGGCACACCCCAGCACUGCGUCAAUAUCCUCGGACCCCUCCGUUGCGGCGAGGACGUUCUCCUGAACUCCCGCGUCCUCACAGCCCAGGUCAGCUUCAGCUUUCGCACCAGUUUCGCUCUUCUCCCCGAGGGCGGACGCUGUUUCAUCGACAAGCGAACCAAGGAGCGGUACAUACUGGAUUUCUUCGAUGCAAAAACCUGGGACGAAUACCGACUGUCACCGGUUAUCAACCCGCCGCUUCCCCCGUUGACCCCAAAGCACAGCAUCGGCAACCUCCCGCUUAUCGGGAAACGCUUCACAACCGUCAGAGAUGUCUCUCCAGAGGGCAGCGGUUCCGACUCGGCAGGUUCGGGUACGAAGGAGGAGGAAACGACUACAGCACUGCCCCACGAACACGCAGACGGACACAGAUACCCGCGCACCUUAAACCCAGACCAAGUAGCCGCCAGCGCCCUGAAUCCAGAUGCCCAUGGCAUGAUCGGACCAUCAACCGGUGCCCCCCGUGUCCCUCCAACCUCCAAAGCAGCAACGACCUCCACAAUCCCCCGCCACGAAGCAAUGAAGUAUCUCGAACGAACCCUCUCAGAAGUCCUGCAGUUCAAGAAGGAGCUCGCCUUCAAUUCAGCCCACCAGUCGGAGAACCGGUAUCCACCCUUUGCCGUGUUAUACGGCAAGUCCAUUCCCACCGUUUACGGGGCGAGAGUCUGGUCGCGAGAACAGAUCAAACACCAGGAUGCGUACGACGAUCUUGCCUUCGCUGCUGGAGAUGGGGUUGUGCUCGCGUCUGCAUCUAUGCUGCCGCCCAAGUACCGCAUUAUCAAGGGCGGGUUGGUGAAGAGUGAGCGCGGCCAUGUCAGCCUUCUGGGGGAUCUGGAUGGCGUGGGACAGUGUCUUUCUGCGCUGGCUCGAGGGCGUAAAGAGGGUGUUGGGUUGGGCUCUGCUUUUUCGACUACUUCUGCUUCUCCGUCAACGGAGGAAUAA